AUUCCGCAACUCGUCUGAUGCAUGGCUCGCAUCCGAAGCAGCUCCUCAGAGGCAGGCGUACCUAGCCUGCUCAGUUCUCUCACGUCCCAGCUUUGCUAGCCUCCGAGCGCCGCUCUGGCACUGAUCUCGAGAUUCCAACAUGAGCUCGAAGAUAGGGGAGACGCCGAGCGCUGCUAUAAGCGCUGCCACCGUAUCCGGCUCUUUGGAACAUGGCUUAGACUCUCUCAAGGCGAUACAGAAGCAGUAUCGUAGAUGGGAACCCUUGCCCAAAAUCCUGUUCGGCUUUUGCGUGCUGCCCUUCAGUCCGGAAUUGGAAUCCGUAGACGUAGGCCUUCUGCAACAGUCAUCGCGAGCUGAAACUCAAGAAGCUCUCGCGACCAUUCAGUCGCACCUUAUCGGACUAGAAAUAGGCGACGAAGUGUACAUCUUCGAACAGCUCGGCCACGCCGAUGUGGCUUGGUUUCGCGGCUAUGUCGUCUCCAGCAACAGGGUGCCUCAACCCGCUGCAAGCAACAGCAGCCGAAGCGAGUACUCCGCUUUCCCAGGCAGUCAAGCCGGCAAGUCGGGAGUCGCUGUCAUUGAGGAGCCACAAGUAUACGUCGGCCUGUUCCCCUCGACUCACAUCCAUAUCCGCGAACAACUGGACGAUGCCGAGCUGAGGUUGGCGGAGGUCCAUGCUCUUGCAGUGGAGCAAGGCAUCGUCGGAGCGACAGCCCCUCCGCAUGGUGGCAAGUCUUCGACUUCGCACAUGGAGACUGUGCAUGAAGAAGAUGAAGGCUCAUCAAGCGCUCCUGGAACCCCGACCCCGGCAAGUGUUGCGGCGCCCAAGUCAACCCCCGAUACUCGAGACUCUGACACAUUCGUGCUGGAGAACUCGAAUGGUGAUGCGGAACGCCCUCCACCGCCUCUGCCAAGUCUCAAGUGUGGAGACGAGACCGCCAGCGGAAGCGAUGAGCCGCUGGUGGACGAAAUAGCGUGCGCUUUGCGCGAAUGGAGCAGCCUUAUGUACACCUACUUGGCACGCCGCGACUACGGUCUCUUCAAUGCUGUUCGCGAGCACACCGACUUGCUGCACGUCGCUCGGAGGCAGCUGCUCGCACAGACACUUAGCGCCGAAGAGGUGUCGAAACUGCGUAGAGAGUGUGUAGCUAGGCUGGUCAAGGGCAACGUGCUGCAGGGCCUCGACGUCAUUGUGCGACACCCUGGUCGCGGAGGUCUUGUGGACGUGGACUUUACCGGGAAAGAUAGCGAUCCAGAAAGCUGGGUUAGCGGCAUCAGGCUUUUUGCUUUGCAAGCAAGCUUAGCGUACGUUGACCAGCAAGGGAACGCAUCGACAAGCGCUGGCGUGGCGAAUAGCACUCAAUCCAACGGUCUUGAAGUUGCUGCUAGCACUGCAUUCGGUAUAAGCGCCCCUUCCACGUCCACAGCUGGGGUUCUUGGCGCUUCCUCCAGCUUUGCUGGCGGUUCGGGCAGCAGAUCAGCCAAGCAUAGCAGCAUUGCGCCGGCUCCACACGCACGGUCCAGCGCCACGAAUGGCGGCCCCUCAUCAGGCAGAGACCCCCCAACAAGAGGUGUCAAGUAUUUCCACGUGUACCUCGACGUCAAGGCUUUCGUGGCAAGCCCAUGCGUCCCCGGAGAAACGUGCGAGCUGUAUCUCUCGCUGUACAACAAAGCCGAGUCACGCUUUUUGACGGAAGAGUAUUGUGUGGUGCUAAAUCACCAAGGUGUGCCUGCGCGAGAAAGCGAAGGUCGCCUUGGCAAAAUGAGGACCCUCUUCACCGACCUAAGCGCGACGGACAUGCAAGAGCUCAAUGUUGUUUGUCGCAUCGUCCGCAAUGGUGCCAUGCGCAUCACAGCUGUGGACUCCAUCCGCUCGGCGCAGUCUUCUGGAUUGCUGCCAGCGGACGUCUUGUCCGGUGACUUAACCGAUGCGGGCUCGAUCGAUGGCGACUUGCCACCCGGCGGAGUUCCAGGUAUGCGUCCGAAUCGGAUGGCGAGCACCCGAACUUUCAGGCGUCCAUUUGGAUGCGCAGUGCUCGAGCUCGGAGACCAUCACAAAUUUCAGACCGACAUCGCCACGAGCAGUCCGAUGCGGGAGCACGUGAUGCCGAUUUUCGUCCCACUCAACGAGGCUGCAUUCAGCACGCUGCAUCAAGACAUCAUAGCGUCGCGAAUCAGAGAAUUUGAGAAGUCACCUCGAGCAGAGCUUCUGGCAGUCAACAUCAAAGUUUUGCAUGGCGAAGCCACGAAUUUGGUGCACGAAAAUCCCAGUCUGCUGCAGGAUGCGCCGCUGACUGCUCGCCUAGGCUUUCCAGACGUUGUGUUCCCUGGUGAUCGCCGAAACGAAGCAUACAUCAAAUUGUGGAGUGGAGAAUUCUUCCCUGCCGGCACGAAGGUGCCUGGGGGUGGCGCGCAGAAGAACAUCCAGGUCUCCGCUGAGAUACGGCUCCGAGAUGGCAGCGUGCUCGAACGGGCAAUUUCGCGCGGAGCCGGGGAGCGACUUGUCACGCAGUUCGACUCCACUGUCUUCUAUCAUCAGAACGCGCCUACCUGGGGAGAGCUCUUCAAGCUCGAGCUUCCUAAUGAGCAGAUGGAGAAUUGCCACAUCUUCUUCAGCUUUAGGCAUCGGUCUUCGAAAGAGGAACGCGCUGGAGGUGGCGCUAGCAGGGAUGUUGCGGGGUCAGGCGGGGCAGUUAGUGGUCUUGGAACCGUGGCACAGGCUCUCAAUGCGCCGUUUGCCCACGGAUACCUACCACUCUUUGAGAACAGCUCUGCUUUCAUUCCUGAUGGCAGCCACACGUUGCUGCUGUGGAGAAGCUCCCGCCCAGCUCAGCAUCUGAGCCCGGAGUUGUACUUCAGCUUGCCGCCAACUAUCUCCACGGCUCAAAAUCCCAGUGACGUCGUGCCCUCGAGUCUGGCAUCAAUCAUUCAACCGUUGCGAGAUUCCAUGACGCUUCGCACAUUUUUGGUGUCGACGCGCUUCACCCAGAACGAGGUGCUUCUAAAGCUGCUGAACUGGGAGCGCAGCUUGUCGCAAGACUUGCAGGAACUCAAAGGAGUCCUCGUCAAAUUCACAUUUGUGGGAGAAGUUGAGAUCGUCAAAUUCUUGAGGGACAUCUUCGACGCGCUCUUUGCGAUUGUAGUGAGCCCCAAGAAUGGAAGCGGUGAGCUGGACGAUCUGGUCUUCAAUGCUCUGGUCUUCGUCUUGGGCAUUGUUCAAGAUCGAAGGUUCAACAAUUUCCGCGCUACAUUGGACGUAUACAUCGAGAAACAUUUCCACUCUCAGACAGCGUACACUCGACUCAUGGCGUCGAUGUCACGCCUUCUCGCUGAUCCGAGUCGUACAGAGACCUCGAAGGACCUACGAGCUGCGAUCAAGGUCUGGCCAUACCUGUUCAAGUUCAUCAUUACCUCUCGCCAGAAACAGGGAGACACCACAUCCGACGGCGCGAUUGGACCCCUCGGAGGCGCUGUUGACGAUCACUUCGAAGUUAGCUUCAAGAAGGAUCUCGAGACUCUUCUUCGCUCCGUCAAUCGCCUGAUGUCCAGCACGAAGCCAGCCUCCAUCGUCGGGACUCAGACGCUGGCACUCCAGCACUUUGCGGGUAUCCUGGCGGACCUAUCGAAGGUGUUCCCGAACGACGAGCUUGUACGCAUCGAGACGGCAUUCGUGGAUAGCAUCUUCAUCACCAAAGGCCGCAUGAUGGUGUGGAAGUUGUUGCACAUCCUGCACGUCACAUGCACGAAGAUUUUUGACGAGUCUGAGUCUCGUGCUCAAUUGAUUCCCAGCAUCAUUCGAUGGGUCCGGCCUCACCUUGGACAUUACGAUGAAGGGGCACACACCAAUACGGGCGACCACGAAAGCGCGAGAGAUGCUGCUCGGAUAGCUUGGAUGGAAGGGGCGCGCCUUAGCGUGACCAUCAUUGGAGUUGUGCUAGACCGCUUGCAGAACAGCAUCGUCGAGCAGCGAAAGGCCGGGCCCGCGGGGGCGCGUGCCAUGCGUCAAGAGCAGGACAAUGUCGACUACAUUCUCUCCACCAUGCCGUUGUUGCUACAGACAUACAAAGUGUUCAGCAGCCCAGAGACUGUCAAGACUUUGCUUCGGCAUCGAUCACCUUCCACUAUCGCAUCAGCGGUUCCCGUGAUGUUUCCUUCGAGCUACCCUUUUCCACUGAUCGCAAAGCGGCCGGCAGGCUUCGCUGAUGGCGCGCCACCGAGAUCGGCAAGGAGGCGCCUGGUGACACACCAUCACAACUUCCUCAAUUGCGGGCUUGGAGAGAUAGCUGCCGUGCUGGUUGUGCUGGUGAUGCUCAGCCCUCGAAGACAUCUGGCCGGCUUUCUCGAUGAGCAGCUCGAUCUGGAAGGCCCAGAGAAGCUUGCUGAGUUCCUCUGCAACUUUUUCGACGUGGCUACUGGCAUCCUUCUUAACGAAGCGUAUCCGAGCACUUGGCUCAACAUCAACAUUCUGGUUCAUCAGAUGGUGUUGAAAAUCGCAGAUCCCCUUGCAGCGUUACUGGUGCGGGACUUCAUCCCACCCGCAGACGAAUCGCAGAAGUUCAACACGACUUUGUGGAGAUCAGCCCUGGAUAUGCUGCUCACCCUGCUGUCUAGUGAUCAGCUCGUCAUCGAACAAUUCAAACCGCAACGGAGGCGGGCCGUGUGGCGUCUUGCUGGCGACAUUCGAGGAGAGGGCGCACAAAUCUUUGCCAAACUUUGGAACUCCAUUGGCUGGCCUGACAAGCCUGACAAGCCCGUCGAUGGCCGAGAUACAGAUGGCAACGAUGCGGGUCGCCUCAACACUGGCGGAUUCCAAGUCCAGUUUGUUCCUUCUCUCGUGGAGCCAGUACUUGAGCUCUGUCUCAGUCACCACGACGAGUUGCGUACAUGUGCAGUAAGAGUGCUUGCUACGAUGAUCACCUCGGAGUGGCAUCUCAAUGGUGACUUCAGUGUCAUCGAAGCCGAGAUCAUCGAUAAGCUGGAUGUGCUCUUCAUCACCGAUACCCAAGGAGACGAGAUUUCUCGUGCUUUCUUCAUCGGCCAGCUCAGGUCUCUCUUUGAGAGCCCGCUGGUCGAUGCCAAGCUGCGAGAGCAAGUUCUGGCUUGUCUUGUUAGCGUCAAUCGCUUCCUAGAUUUACUCCUGAACGUACGGAGUCUACCCCCGGAAGAAGGCUUCGAAGACGAUCGCGUCGCAGGCACGCUCAAGCUCUUGGGCUUUCUGCGCCAAGCCAACAGAGUGACAGCCUUCUCGACACACGUGCUGAGGCUAGUCAAUCUUCAUCUUGAAAAUCGUAAUUAUGUCGAAGCUGCGUUGACGCUCAAGUUACACGCUGAUCUGCACUCGUGGGACAUGGACAACUUCGUCGAGCCGAUUCCAGACCUUGAUCUGCCGCGGCAGUCUCACUUCGCUCGGAAAGAGACCUUGUACACGCUCAUCCUAGACUAUCUCGGAAAAGGUUCCGCAUGGGAGAUCUCUAUCGACAUCUGUCGCGAGCUUCUUCAUCAGUACGAGUAUCGCUCAGUGGACUACGGACGCCUUGCCGACGUAUUGCGUCUACAAGCUUCGCUGUUCGAGAAGAUCGCAACCGUCGAACGUACCUUCCCUAGCUAUUUCCGCGUUGCGUACUACGGGCAAUCCUGGCCAAACAGUCUUCAAGAUAAGAUGUUCGUGUAUCGCGGCCUCGAUUGGGAGAAGUUUGGUGCUUUCUGCGAGAGACUGCACCAGAAGCAUCCGAGAGCGACGCUCAUCAAGAGCACCUCAUUGCCUGAUGAGUCGAUCCGUCAUGGAGAGGAAAUGUACUUGCAGGUCACUGCUCUUCAACCCGAGGCUGAUAAGCUCAAGGAUAUCUUCACCAACGCCGAGGUACCGCCGGUCGUGCGCGCUUACUUUGAGCACAACGCGACCGACCUAUUCAGCUUCGCAAGGCCGAUACGGAAAAGCUCUGAGGGAACGAGGAAGCCGGUCACGGCCGGCACGCAAAGCGCAGAACCGCAGAACCUCUGGGUCGAAAAGACCUAUCUGCGCUGUGAAGACCAUUUCCCAACUGUAUUGCGGCGCAGUCAUGUGGCCGGACUUUGGACCGUCGAGCUAUCGCCCUUGCAAAAUGCCAUCGACGACGCAGAAGCGAAGACUUCAGAGCUGGAAAGCUUGGAGAAGAAGUAUGCUGCACUGAAUCGAGUAGUGUCCGGCAGAAAUCAAGCCGCGGCGCGAGGAGCCAACACCAACCGCCUCUCCAUGGCACUCAACGGCGCGGUCGAUGCACCCGUGAAUGGCGGUAUCCCCAUGUACAGAAAGGCCUUCUUUUCCCCGCAAUUUGUGUCAGCAAACAGCGAUAAAGAGCCUCUCAUUCACAAGCUUCGGGAAGCCAUCGACAAGCAGGCUGUGGUCAUCCAUCGCUGCAUCAAGUUGCACGCGCGCAUGUGUCCGCCGGAGAUGCGGCCGUUUCACGAUACUUUGGAGCGUUUCUUCAAGCAAAAUUUUGCAGACGAGAUCACUCGCCUCGAGCUCGAAGUCGGUACGACCGAAGAGGAAGUCAGCCGUUCUAGCAGCGGCCAUCAGACUAGCGUAGACAGCGGUAGAAGCAAUCAAAUCACCACACUGUCCACAAGCGGCAACGCUGGACUUUUGCUCGAACAGAACCCGUCGCACGCAUAUGCGUUGGAUGCGAAUAGUCGUCUUCAGCGCACUCCCUAUGGAUCCGAUCACCUUCCUGCUCAGAGCCCGCUUCAAAAGCACAUCACGAGCCUGUCGAAGCAAGUUCGACCAAUCAAGUCCUCGCUCGGACAAUUGGACGGCGAAACGCUGGACGAGGGACUGCCAAUCGCCAGUCCUGAGCCCGGUGUUGGCAGCCCUGUGCCCUACGCCCUCUCACCCAACGGAGCUUCGGAUGGCGCCACCAUGCGAGGUGCCACCCACACGAUUCCCGCCUCAGCUAUAUCCCGUUACGAAGCCUCAAUCUUGACCAACAACCGAGGCACUUCGACAAAGCAAGGCACAAGUCUCUUCUCUCGCGUGGAGGGUGGAGCGAGUCGCUUGUCGAAGCUGAUGUCACGGAAUUCUACGAAGAGAUAGCCACGGCAUGUCUCCUGAUGACUUGGCGCCGCCGCUUUGCUCGCUCUGCUCAUUCCGAUACCUCAUACCUUGCUGGCUGUGCAUCCUUUCCU